UACACCAGUACACCUACUUGAUUGAUAUAUCCUUCAUGCUGUAAAAAUAAUAAUUGAAAUUUGCUGCGCAAACUUAUGAAAAUAUGAAUAUUUUGUGUGUCUAGCGGUGGGGGAAAACUCGUCUAGGUGAUUGAGUGCAUGAGAUGUCGAGAAGUUGAUACAGUUGGGGUGCCUAGAGCAAGGAUCGGCAAGGAUUGGUGUGUUCAGAUUUUCGUCUCGGGAAAGAUAGUGGCCGGGGGCGGCGCCUUGCACUAAUCAAUACGGACAUUGGUUUACAUGCCAUGGCCUCCCCGCUUGGCGAAGAAAACCUGGAUGAUGUUCCGAUUGAUGACUUUAAGGGCACCACCCUCCGCCUGGAGCCCGCCUCGGGCCAACCCUCGCGGAGUGUGAGCCCCAGCGGGGACGCCGCCCCCAGGUUAAUGGAGGAAAGAAAUCGACCCACUUUGCGCACUGCCAUCAGUGAUCCUACUGCAGAUGUGAUCACUCCUCCAACGCCUGACCAAGCAAAUAAUUUUUACUGUAGUCAAGGAUUGAGUCGGUCUUUUUAUCAACAACCUCCAAUUGGCCGACCUCGGAGAGCUUCAUGGCAUGCAGAGACUGGUACUGAGCCUUGCAUAGAUGAGUUUUUCUCUGUCAGAGUUGGCACCUUAGAGCAGGCUAUAGAGGAGUGCCGGCACUUGAUAGUUCCAGAGAAUGAUGGGCCUAUAAAAGGAGCAUGGCUCUUAACUGAGAUCAAUCACUGGGACAUAGAAAAAGAACGAGUAGUGCUUUUAUGUGAAAGAUCACUCUUAGUAAUAAAGUAUGAUUUCAUUGCUCUACGAUCCUUAGAAUUCACUCGCAUCAAUCUUACAUCGCUGGAAAACCUUCAGAUUGGGGAAUUGACGUAUCCCAGCCAUUCCCUUGUACCGCGCAUAAGUGGUAUAGCUGGAGGUAUGGUGACUGUCAUUCGCAGCUGUUUGUUGAAUAGACUUCAGAAUACAAUUGCCACUAUCAGCUCCAAAGCAACAGGGUCUCCUCGCAAUGUGCCAAAAGAACCCUCCACUGAAAAACAAUUUUCUCUCUCAGCAGUUAGUUUUGAACCAAGAGCUCGCAACAUGCAAGGUUUUCGUGUGACAUGGAACAAUGGCCACCAGAUAUCUUUUGCUCAAAAAUGGAAUCCUUGGAGUAGAGAUAUUCCCUACACCACAUUUACCUCACACCCACUCUACUGGUACACAGGUUGUGAAAAUGGUUUUUAUGAUGCCAAGAGCUUAUCUAAGGAUUUGAAGCUUGCAUUAGAGCAAAUGCAAGAACAGCAGCAAGGGGUAGUCACCUGUACCAUCUCUCAGGGCCCCAUUGUUAUUGAAAACUACUUAGGCAUUGCUUCUCUUCUUCAUAAUGCCACAGAACUUGGCUUCUUCAAACUUCGAGCUGCGUCUGAGAGAGUGACUUGGCACGCACCUUGCAGUCCCUACAACAUGUAUCCUGUAACAAACACUUUUGUGCACCUCUCAGCUGCAAUAAACAAAGAAUGAUCAUUGCUAUAGUAACAGAGUCUAACUGACGACAAGACGGUAUACACUGAUCUUCCUAAUGAUGUUUAUCAUGCAUCACUAACUAUCCUGAAGGUGAAGUGCGCCUGUGCUGUGAUCAGCUGUGUUGAUAUGGCGGCCCAAACUAACAUCUGACGGAAUUUCAUAAUCCUCGAGAUUUCCCAUACCAGCAAAGCAUUUUGACAUUGUGCUAUUCUAAAUAAUUAGUGUAAUAUGAAAAAAAUGACUAGGUUUUUUACCUCCAUUCUUAUCUGCAUCUAAACACCACAUGUUCAAAUCUUCUCCCAAUGUCACAAUGUAAACAAAGCCGCUAGUGUCUGGACAAGACCAAUGUGUCAGUCUUGUUUCGCUGGUAGUAGCUUCACCUCCUAGGCAUCAAUAUCUACCUGAUACAUCUAGCGGGUAGCAAUGCCACCCACAUAUUAACACGUGUGAAACUGCCUUAAGUUGAAGGAUAUGGAUUGUGGGAUAUAUACAAUAUGUUUGUUAAAGCACUUAGAGAGGAGAGCAGAGAGAUAUGUCAACACUAGCGGUGCAUGGGUAACAGUGAAACAUUUGAGACAUUUUUAUUAUCCUGUAUAGAUGUAUUUAGUAAUUACAAAAAAUACUUAUUUUUUAAGGAACCAAGCUUUUAUGGGCCCUGCACAAAGGGACAGCAUAUUGGCUGGGGGAACACCUGGUGUCACCUUGUGGCUGCAUCACAAAACUAAACCAGCUGUGCAACUUGAUUUUCUUGACAUCGUGUUAUUCUAAACAGUCCGGGUCAUUUGAGAAAAUGGCAAAAUUUUUUACCUCGUGUUAUUUCAGAAUUGCAUAAUCUGAACACGCAUAAAUCAAUAAAUACCUAUACUUUUGAACAAACUCAUCUUUUAUGUGGUUCUUUUCUUGUAUCUAAACAUUUUCAUAAAAUUUUCCAUGUUUAUCAUCUAUUCAGUCACAUGAAUCUCAGCAUUUUAUGUAUUCCUCCUUCAUAAUC